AUGAAUUCCGAUAACCCCUCAACUAAGAAGACCGACUACCCAAUCACUGAGGAAGUCGACGUCGACUUUUUCAUGGAGUACAUUGAGCAUAACCCUAUCUCAUCGACCGCUCCUAUCGCGCCGGUGGCUCCAACACAUCCUAGCUCAAUCGCACAGGACGGCUUCAGGUACAACGACCCCAGCGUGUUCGAUUACGGCCAAUACUGGAUAUCUUCUCCAUCUGAGAGCUUCGUAGACAACAGCGACUGCUCUCCCUAUCAAGGAAAUAUGUACCCUUCUAGCGAGAGCGUACACGGACAGUCUGCCCCUGACUGGAACCAUCAAGGAGGACACAAUCACUGGAACGCUGGCCACCAGCACCAUUCAAAAACCAACGUAGCCUUCGGCGCACCCAACAUCUCUUCUCAGAUGUCUGCGCAUCCCGCCACCGGAAUAAACUCAUUUUACAACGAUGAGUUCACCCAAGCAAUGUCUAAUCAAACACCAGAUCCGGUCCGAGCGCUGUCUUCGGGCUGUCUACCAUACGAGAAGCGUCCAACAUCCGUCGCCCCUACACCAUCGAUGGGUCAUCUUCCUCCGUGGAGCAAUGUAACAUCGCCCCGGCCUUUCACAGACCGGGAACUCUCCAAGCACCAGUACUUCGUACGUCAGCGUCAGUUCAUACCUCACCUAUGGACCGAAUAUCAGGGCCUCCUCGCGGAGCAAUCGGCUACCAAGCACAAAAGCAGCAACAUGUACCAGAGCUACAAUAUGCACCACGGCCGCUUCAAGUACCAGGACUGCAACAUGCACCAGGGCUACGAUAUCUACCACAGCCGCAAGAUGUAUCAGGACCGCAAUGCGCACCAGAGCCGCGCUGUGUACCAGGAUCGCGAACGCACACCCGCGAUCAACCACCAGACAGGCGUCAAACACCACACAGCAGCGAGGGACGACGCAUCAGCGCCCCAUCAGUCCGAGAACGAGGACUCCGGAGAUGGCGGGCAAGCUGCGGUCGAUGCGGACGCUGCGAGCGCCGCACACAAGCACAUCCUCGCCAUAGAGAAGCAAGCCCGGGUCGCGAUCAAGAAGUUCCAAAACAAGAUAAGUAUCAGCGGACAGAUGGGAGAGUCCAUCACCCUGACGCGUACCAACACUGGAGUUGUGUUCGGUGGUACGAUGUGGAUGGCGCCGGCCAAUGACGGGACCAUUCCCACGUCAGACAAGGAGAUCAAGGCACGCGUGGAUGCCCUUGAGCGAGCCAUGUGCAACACCACAAACGUCCGGGAGAAGACUGGAACUGGUGCAUCAAAAAAUCGUUGGAGCCUUAACUCUGACUACUAUACCCCGGAAGAAUUCAACGCAGCUGCUGGUCUGCUUGUCAAAGAGCUCAUCAACAUCCACACCAAAGGUUGGACCAAGCAGAUCUUCGACAAGAACGAGCGUGAUCAAUGUCAAGUAACAAUGUUCUACACGUUUGAGGAUCGGUUCGAAGGUCUUCGGGAACUGCUUGAAAAAUCCAAGACGUCCGUUCAAGAUAUCAUGAAGGGUUCCCGUUUCUUCACGAUUAUCGCCAACCCCCGCCUCUUGAUCAAUCGCACGGCGACCAACAGGACCGCCAACGUGAACAAAGCUGGUCAGAUCCAGGCAGGUAAAGAGGUCAUGAAGAAUGGGAGCAGCGCGGAGGCUUUCAAAAGCGAGAAGAAGAACAAAGGCGAGGAAAAUCAGGACAACGAGGAGCGCUCCAACAGCGAAGAGACUCCCAAGGUCAAGAAGGUAUCGAAAGGCAAGAAGCGCGCUCACGAAGAGACCUUCGUUGCGGAGGAUCCGGCAGGCCAACCACCUCGCAAGAAAGCAGCUGCGAAGAAGCGUCGCAGUGCAUGA